UUCGUUUCAAACCGAAAGCACCACCAUGUCCGGACGUGGCAAAGGCGGCAAGGCGAAGGGCAAGAGCAAGACCCGUUCCAGCCGCGCGGGGCUCCAGUUCCCCGUGGGCCGUAUCCACCGCCUCCUGCGCAAGGGCAACUACGCUGAGCGCGUCGGAGCGGGCGCCCCAGUCUACCUGGCUGCCGUGCUCGAGUACCUCGCCGCCGAGGUGCUCGAGCUGGCGGGCAACGCCGCUCGUGACAACAAGAAGACCAGGAUCAUCCCCCGUCACUUGCAGCUCGCCAUCCGCAACGACGAGGAGCUCAACAAGCUGCUUUCCGGCGUCACCAUCGCGCAGGGCGGCGUGCUGCCUAACAUUCAGGCCGUGCUCCUCCCAAAGAAGACGGAGAAGAAGGCGUAAGCG